AGAGAAUGUGACCAAAGCAAAGGGCCAAAGGCACUGACUUUUCUCUUACGCCAAGAACACUGCAAUGGUAAGUCUGAGGAUUCCUUUUCUCAGCACUCACCAUCCUAAUAAGUAAUUAAUCAAAUAUUUGUCAUCUAAAAGAAUAAAAAACGGCAUCUUGUUAGUGGGUGAGGCACCAAAUCAAAGGUUGAAAUUUGUCAGAUUAGGGUUCUUAUUAUACUCUUACUGCAAUUAGCCAAUUACAAGAUACCGUCUCAGAAUACAGACCCCAAAAAGGAAUCUGAUUCCAAAGACUUUAGUUCCCUCCUCCGGAUAAGCAUUUUUAGGUGAUGAUGCUACACUUGGCAGUUCUGGAUCGAUUCCUUGAUGGGUUUUUCUUGCUUGAUUAUUUAGAGAGGCCUUGAAGGAUCAGUGAUUGAUAUCAACAAUUGUUUGUGAUUUGGAAGAUUUUUGUUGAAAAUACAGAACUCCAGAUUGAUUGGUAGGUUGAUUGUGAUUGGAUUUAAGAAAUAAUCGCAUCUUUCAGUUUAGGAUUGCAGAGCUGUUGUAUAAAAUGGAGGGUCAGGCAAUUUCUGGUGAUGAGGUUUCAUUAAAUUUAGUUAGAGAGGAAGACGAAGAAGAGUUUCGGAGCUGUUGUGAAGACGAUGAUGAAGUUUGGAAGGAGAUUGAAGAACCAGUGAAAGUUGAGGCAAAGGAUGAGUCAAAAGAUGAUCUCGAUGAAUUUUCGGUGAAAAUGUUCUUCAAAGGCAUGUCCAUAGCUGGGUACGGGGACGCCAGUUGUGGGCUUUCUGGAAUCGGAGUUGUCAUGGAAAGAUCAACCAAUGUUCGUGCAAUUCAGGUGCAGAAAAGGCUUGAUUUUUAUGUGGAGGAGCCUGUGGCUGACUAUUUAGCCCUGAUGGAUGGUCUAAUGGAGGCUGUGCAGAAUAAAUUCCGUAGGGUGUAUGCAUUCACAGAUUCUGAGCUGUUACAUGAUCAGGUUUCACAUGAGGAGAAACUUGAAGUUCCAAUCUUAAUAGCACUGAGGCAAAGGAUCCUAGAGCAUGCCAGUAAUCUUGAAGCUUUUGUCCUGAAACUUGUCCCCACUGUAGAUCUUGAGCGGCCAUCAAAAUUAGCUCAAGUGGCAAUUGGAGUUGUCUCUUUUCCUGCUAAGGGUGUUGAAUCACUUGAAAAUUGUUCCAUCUGUUGCGAUGAUAAACCAUCCCCAAUGAUGAUCACCAUGAAGUGUUCUCAUAAGUUCUGCACUCAUUGCAUGAGGACAUUUGUUGAUGGGAAGGUACAAUCCUCUCAAGUUCCCAUCAGAUGUCCUCAGCUGCAAUGUAUGUAUUACAUCUCCACUGCUGAGUGCAAAUCUUUUCUUCCACUCACUUCUUAUGAGUCAUUGGAGAAAUCCCUUGCAGAAGCGAAUAUUCUCCACUCAGAUAGAGUGUACUGCCCAUUUCCAAAUUGUUCCACCCUGCUUGGUCCCCUUGAAUGUUUGUCAGCUAGGGCAAGUUCAUCAAGUCAGUCAGAUAACAGCUGUGUCGAAUGUCCAGUUUGUCAGAGGUUCAUAUGUGUGGAUUGUGGGGUUCCUUGGCAUUCUUCUAUGAGCUGUGAGGAGUUCCAAAACCUCCCACUGGAAGAGAGAGAUGCUGCAGAUAUUACCUUGCAUCGCUUGGCACAAAAUAACAGCUGGAGGCGUUGCCAGCAGUGUCGUAGGAUGAUUGAGCUCACUCAAGGUUGCUACCACAUGACGUGCUGGUGUGGGCAUGAGUUCUGUUAUUCUUGUGGUGCUGAAUAUCGGGAUAGCCAACAGACUUGUCAAUGUGCCUUCUGGGAUGAAGACAACAAUAACAACACAGAAGACUUGGUCACUCAGUCUAUGCAAGAAUCCGAGCAAUGGGCGUGGGAAACAUUCAAUUCGUUGCCCAUGAUAAUGGAUGCGUACUCGGACCAAGAGAGAUCACAGCUGGAGCUGAUCCAGAGGUUCCUAGCUGGGGGAUUCAGUUUAAGCGACCAUCCCCCUUACCAGUCCCCACCGCGAUGUACAGAUUCUUAUGUAGAUGCUAUGAAAGAUCUCCAUCAGCUUCCUUGGCUCGAGAGGUUUGUGUCCGUGAUAAGUGAUAACUACUAUGAAGAAUAUAUCCAGUGAAUUAAAGGACUCCCGAUUUGGAAAAUUAUCUGCACAGCUACCCGACUAUGCCUUUUGAUAGGAGUAAAGAGUGUCUCGCUCUAUUCACCCCGGAGAUAUAUGUGCCCUCUUUUCCUUUUUAGUUUCGUAAGCAAUGUGUUCAAAGAUUUGCGGCCAUUAAAAGUACCUUUUGUAAAACCUAGAAGGGGAAGUAUCUAUAUACUUGAUGAUAGCUUUCUUCUUGAACCAAAAAAAAAAAAAAAAAAAGGAGA